UGUUCUGUUCGUUCGUUGUCGUUAUGGAUGAGGGUGAGCGAGAGCACGUACACAACUGGUUGCUCGCUGAGGACAACGCGCGCAUCGCUAUACUCACCGUCUCUUCUCUCGCUCUCGCUGUUGCAUCCAUCCUCCUCUGGCGGGCAAAGCAGGUGGAGAACAAUCCCGGGAACGACCACGGACCUAACUCCCAACAGGCCCGUUCUGCUCAAUCCAUCAUCACCGCCGCUCUCUCUACUUUUCAUAUCGCCAGUAACACUCCUGGUGAGUGUGACAUGACCGAACAAGAACACCCGGACACUCCUCAAACAUCAUCUACAUCUACCGACAUGGACCAGAAAGCUUCUCGGUCCAAGGAGCGACGCAGAAGGGGAAAAGUUCCACUUAAGGAACUUCUCAAGAACGGGAAGAAGGCAAAGUCUACACCCAAGACCUUACAGCCUAAAACACCCGUUCAUCAAGAUAACAGCGGUAGCGAUUCUCCGGUGUUCGAGUCAGAGUUCAAGUCGACCACAAGUAACGAUAAUAUCGCGCCAGUCGCGCCAUCCACUUAUUGUUUGCUUUCACCUACUCAAGACUCUCCUGAAGAGAGUCUUCCACCGCCAGCGGUUGAACCACACGAGGACCGCCUGCUACCUGCUUGCAUGUCAGCAUCCAAUUCUGAGCCAGCAUCAGUUUCGCGUCAUGUCACGUCCAAUGAUCUCACCAUGCGUACUUCACGCUCUGAACACACGCACCUUCAUGGCACCGCUGAUAACAUCCAACCUGCUGGCAGCCCCUGUUACGACGAUUCCCCCUCCUCCAUGCUAGAAUCAUCUUCCCUGCCCACCUCCGCGGAAGAACACGACAGCCAUGAAUUUGCAUCCUCAUUCACUUCUUACCCUCAAUCUCGUUCUAUGCCACUCCGUGUAUCUAUAUCUACCCACACGUUGGAUUCGGACGGACAAUCACAGGCAUACAGGGCAGGUGCUCACACCAAGCCUCCACGAUUAAUGCCCAAGCACCGUGGAGCUGACAAGUCAAAUGGUAGUUGUGUGAUUGCAGCCUCUAUCUCGCACAAUACCCCCUUGGCAUCGUCAUCUGCCUCUCACUCCUCUCCCGCACGAAUUAUGCUAUCCACCUCUGCAUGUGCAUCCAGUUCCCCAUCACACCCGAAUCUAGGAUCGAGUAUUGAACCGACGUCCUCUCCCUCCGGCUCUUCCCCUCAACUUGUUCCUUCACCAACACUUCCACAUGUCACAUUUCCUACUCUGAACCCUCUCCAGGCGUCUCCUAAUGAUCACACACAUACCCAUUCGAGUAUAGUUGAAAGCCCUAUUAUGAAUGGACAAACAGUCGCGGGUCUGCCAAUACCAACUGCCUCACGAGGCUCGACGCCUCCACCAGGAGUAUCUGUUCACACUGUCCAUAUAGGCUCGCCUACUGGCCCAUUACGUGCUCAAACCCAGCUCGCGUCCAUGCGUGGUGCACUCGAGGCUGCGAGACUACGAGAAGAGAAAGCUCGUACGGAGGCUGAACGUGUAGGGAAGGAAAAUGAAGGGCUAAAGUGGCGAUGGAAUGAAGAUACGAUGGCUUGGAGGAGGAGGGAAGGUGAAUUACAAGCUCAAGUCCAUCAUCUCAUGCAGCAGCUUCAGGCAGCAUACUCUAUUCUUACAACUUUACAAUCUCAAGCUCAAGCUCAAUCUCCUUCAUCAUCUUACUCCUCUCCAACAUCACCAUCCCCACGCCUGCAACCCCACAGCCCCAAUAUCUCUCACAAUGGUCUUCCCUCAAAUUUCAGCCACAAUCCACCUGCACACGUUCAAGCACUCCUUGCAUCAUCCUACCACCCAUACCCUAGCUUUCCAGGUACCUAUGGAGGUGCAGGGAUGACGCCUUUAUUCUCCGGUCUGAGAAUGACCAUGAAUCCGGGAAGCAUCGUGAAGAAUGGUGGUGGUAAAGGCCAAUAUACCCCUGACACGACUUCCUCGGCGGGAUCAUCGCCAUCGCGUGGAAGGCGACGACGACGCAAUUCGGCAUCUUCGUCUGCUCAAGAGAAUAAUAGUGAAGACGCGAGCAUCAGCGAAGCCGAGGGAGACCAAGAGGAUAUGUGGCAGAAUAGUAUAUUGGCCGAUGCGAUUCUAAAGCGCCCUGAAAGCCUGCGUGUGCCUAGCCGAGGGAGUCUUCGAUCUGAUGGACGCAUGAGCGCUAUGGGGAGCGGGACAAGUGGGAAAGAGGACGCAGGACGUGUGCCUAGCAGGAUGAGCGAGAGAUCAGAUGCCUCUGCGAGCGGAGGCAGUUACGGGGUGCUGAGCAUGUCGAGUUUGUCAUCGGGUAAGAGUGAAGAUGAAACGAAUGGCGUCAUCGCAGAGGCCGAUCCUACGCUGGCAGAAGUGACUGGAGGUACUGACGCUGGCAGCGAGGGAACAUCAGAACCUGACGUACCUACGCAAGAUGGUUCGUUCUGGGGCCCAUCAACUCCCGCUCCUGCCAAAGGCAUUCAACAACAACCGGAGGUCGGAUUUUGACUUAUAACGUGUUGUAUCUCCCCUCUGCACCCCCACGUUUUCUUCCACCACUUUCGUUACUUUUAUACGAUACGAUCAAUCCAUAGGGACUUGGAAUUUGGAUGUCGAGUCUGUAUAAUAAGGUAUAUCUUCAGAUUAUUGUCUUAAUACACGUUGCGUGGUUUAGCCUUCGGUUGCGUUGACGCUCGAGGGCCAUGGUAUAUAAUAUAUUUUUUGCUUGGUCCGAGUACUGACGACGUAAUUAGCUCAAACACAUAGAACAGAAAUAACGACCUAGUUGCC